AUGGGGGGGUGCAGGUGCAGCACAGACCUCUCAGUGUGGUCCUGUGGUGUGGUCCUGUGGUGUGGUCCGGUGGUGUGGUCCGGUGGUGUGGUCCUGUGGUGUGGUCCGGUGGUGUGGUCCGGUGGUGUGGUCCUGUGUUGUGGUCCUGUGGUCUAUACUCAAUCUCCAAAUCACGACGACCUCCUCAACUCUGACUCAUCCUCACACCCCUCCUCCAAAGCUCCCGGCAACGUGUUCGCAGGAACCUUUUUCAGUGAGCGACAGGGGAACAACAGUUCACCUGACAUGUGGAACCCCAAUGGAAUGAACCAGCCUGGAUACGGAGGCAUGGUGGGAGGGGCCUCAGCUCACCAAUCAGGAAGCUACAACAACAUGCAAACAGCACAUAAUCACUUGGACUAUUCUCCCCAUUCAGUCUCACCUGUAGAGGUGAACCGGGGUCUUCCUCCUAUGUCUACCUUCCACCGUAACAACCCUGCUGCAUCUCACACCCCGUCAGCCAACAGCUCAGAGAACACCACAGGAAACCACUCUACAGGAAGGUCACAGACUGGAGCAGCCCUGGGGAAAGCACUAGCUUCUAUUUAUUCUCCUGACCACACCAGUAGCAGUGAAAACUCCUCCACAUCAGACAGGUCUCCGUCCUCAUCUCCAUCUCCACACACAGGCUCUGGCCCCCCAGCUAACCCGUGGCACACAGGCUCUGCAACUGGCCCCACAGCUAACCCAUGGCACACAUCUGCUCAGGCCUCUCCCUCCCCCAGUUACCAGUGUUCUCCUAUAUCUCUGUCUCAGUUGGAGGAUCGUCUAGAUAGACUGGAUGAUGUGGUCUAUGUUCUGCAUGACCAUGCGGUGGGACCCAUCCCCAGCCUGCCCUCUGACAUCCACAGCCUGUUGAACCAGGCCAACCAUGGACACAUCCACAACACCCCUCUACCAGGGACACACCACAGACACAGACCCACCACGGCACAUGGCACAGCCAUGGUAGACACUGUCAAUCUGAACAACAACUCCCACUCUGCACUGCAGAGACGUUCACAGAAUCAAAAUGGCCACUCCUUCCCGGCAGGACUAGGUGGCUUGGAGCUGAAGUCGGAGGGUCUGGAGAGAGAUGAGCAGUAUGAGCUACAUCACAGCCAUCACAACCAGGGUCACAGACACAGACACAGCUCUGACAGCCACAGCCAGCGCUCCGACGAGGAGAGCGAGUCCCACAAGACACAAGGAGACAGCAUGACCAGCAGCAUCCAUGAGGAUGAGGACAACCUGAGCCCGGAGCAAAAGGCUGAGCGGGAACGAGAGCGGCGGAUGACCAACAACGCCCGCGAGCGCCUUCGUGUCCGUGACAUCAACGAAGCGUUCAAGGAGUUGGGUCACAUGACACAGCUGCACCUGAAGAGCGAGAAGCCGCAGACCAAGCUGCUGGUUCUUCACCAGGCCGUGGCUGUAAUACUUAGUCUAGAACAACAAGUCAGAGAGCGUAACCUGAACCCUAAGGCAGCCUGUCUGAGGAGGAGGGAGCAGGAGAAGAUGUUAGCUGGGUUAACAGAUGCCCAGGGCCUGCAGCAACACCAGGCAUCACUACAUCCUGGACUAGAUGCUGCCAACCCCAUGGGACAUCUGUAA